AGUUGUAAUCGAGACAGCGGACAGUAACGUUAUAAAGUCAAUUCGAAGGAUAUAAAUAGAUUUCAAUAUUAAUAUUAAAACCGCAUCAACAAUGACAAUACAAAAAGGAGUAUCAGAAGAUGCUAAAAAAGAUCCCGUCCAGAAUGCUAUGGGAGAAUUGGGACGAUUUCAGAUAGGAGUGUGUGCAUUAAUUUGCUUACUAAAAUUUCCUGUGGCCUGGCAUCAAAUGGGAAUAAUUUUCUUAGCACCAAAGACAGAAUUCCACUGCAAAGAUCCAUCAAUAUCCAAAUGUAGUGAAAGUUGCGUGGAACGAGAAUUCAACAAAAGUAUUUUUACAAAUACAAUUCAAAUGGAAUUUGAUUUAGUUUGCGAUCGACAAAGUCUCACGAGCUUAUCUCAAACAAUAUUUAUGUUUGGAAUUCUCAUUGGAAAUAUAGUGUUUGGGGCUUUAGCCGACAACUUUGGUAGAAGAGUCCCGCUCUUAAUCGCUGUCACUGUUCAACUUAUCUCUGGCGUUUUAACAAGUUUUGCAACUAAUUAUUGGUUCUUUGUAGCUUGUCGGUUCGUAACAGCUGCAGCAACAGGUGGAACAAUGGUGACGUCAUUUGUGCUUGUAAUGGAGAUAAUUGGAACUAAAUGGCGUGAAUUAUUUUCGGUACUUUAUCAAGUUCCAUUUAAUUUGGGCCAUAUCACACUUCCAUUAUUUGCUUACUACAUACGUGACUGGCAUCGACUUCAAUUUGCCCUUUCAAUACCGUCUGUAAUACUAUUAUCAUUUUAUUGUCUCGUUCCCGAAUCACCACGCUGGUAUUUUACGAUGGGAAAAGUUGAUAAGUCAGUUAAGGUACUUGAGAAAGCCGCAAAAUAUAAUAAACUUCCUACGGACAACAUUAAAGGCAACCUUGAAACUAUUCAUAGAUCGAAAUCAGAAUCUGAGCAAAAAGCUAAUGGAAACUUUCUCGAUUUGUUUAGAUCAAAAAGUAUGCGUCUUAAGACAAUUUGUAUGAAUUUCAACUGGUUUGUUUGUGGGUUAUGCUUGUUUGGAGUGUCACAAUAUGUUGGCGAGUCAGGAGGAAAUAUUUUCUUAAACGUUGCUUUGUCAGCUUGCUUUUCGCUUCCUGGUACUGUCAUUUGUAUUAUUUUAUUAAAAUAUUGGGGAAGAAAAAAAACUUUAAUUACCUCCAACUUCCUUGUGGGUAUUUCAAUGCUUGCAUUAACAUUUACUGACCCCAAUAACACAAAUGUUACUGUUACAUUGACAACAAUUGCAUUAACCGGAUUAUACAUAUCUUUUCCGACUGUUUAUCUCUAUGGAGGAGAAAUUUAUCCUACAGUCAUUAGAAAUGUAGGAAUCGGUCUGGCCUCAGUGUGUUCUCGCAUCGGAUCAAUGAUUGCACCUUUUGUUGCAACAAAUCUUGCAGAAGUUUAUCCUUUGUUGCCACCUGUGAUAUUUGGUAUUGUUCCAAUUAUUGGUGGAUGUUUAGUAUUCUUCUUACCUGAAACUCGUGGAUUUCCGCUCCCUGAAACCAUUGAAGAUGGAAAAAUGCUCGGGAAGAAAGUCACUAGGAAAGAAAAAAAGGAUCUUAAUAUUGAACCUGAUGUUAUUUUUAGCAAGAACAAUGUGUGAUAUCUUUCUAAUUUUUCAUAAGAACUGUUCUAUGAUACCUAUUUAUAUAAAAUUGUAAUAAUAUUCCUUCCAAGAGCUACAUAAGUCCAAACUCUAAGAAGUCUUUUAAAUAAUAAAAACUCAUAUUAUUGGUUU